AUGAAAAAACUAAAAAUAUUUCUUCAUUUUUUUCUAAUAUCUAUUUUAUCAAUAAAUUGUCAACAACUUCAAUGGAUUUUACUCAGCGAUGGUUCAAGUGGAGACACACCAAUGCCACGGCGUGAUGCUGCACUAGGUUUUGAUUCUACAUUUCUUAUUUUAUAUGGUGGUCGAGAUCAAUCUGGAAUGCCUCUUCAAGAUACUUAUGCAUUCAAUGUUCUUCAAGGUCUGUGGGAGCCACUUAAUUUUCCAAAUGCGCCACCCAGUCGUUAUGGUAUGGCAUCUGCUAGUUCAAUAGGUGCUGGGCUGUAUGUUUUUGGUGGUUUUGGUAUGCAAGGUUCUUCACAAUUCUAUAAUCCAUACACAGCUUAUGGAACAUCAGGACUGGCAAGUUAUAAACAAAAUCCAGCAGGAGCAGAUAAACAAACACCAAGAACUGUGAAUAAACGAAAUACAGGAGCGAUAAAUAAACAAAGCCAAGGAGUGAACAGUAAACAAAAUUUUAAUCAAAUGAAUCCUAUGGGAUACAAUAAUUAUAAUGAUAAUGAUGAUCGUGCCGAUGAAAAUUAUUACGCAUUAUCAGAUGCUUGGUUUCUUAAUUAUGUAACGAAAAGUUGGCAACAAACACAAACAUCUCAAUAUGGACGUGGUUUUGGUUCGGCAGCUGCUACACCCUAUUCAAGUGGUAUACCAAGAGUUAUCUACAGUAUGGGAAAAUCGCAUGAUUGGAUGUAUUCAACUGUUGAAACAACUGGUCAAGUUACAUCGGGUUUUAAUCAAGCUGGUUCCGGCCCAACUGCAAUAAUUAUGUAUGAUCUAUCUUCAUACAAUCCGUCUUAUCCACAUGCACGUUAUGGUCAUUCAACAACAUUACUCACAGAUAAUCACCUUUUACUUUAUGGUGGUUGCCUCAGUGGUUAUGGAAAAGGUGGUCCAUGCCCAUCAAAAGAUACGUGGUUAUUACAUGUUGAUCGUGGGCAUUGGGAACGUCUUUGGGAAUGUCCACCAACAAAAACAGGAGCUGCUAUGGUUACACUUCCAUCAUACAGUACAUGUGCUUCAAUUGGUCAAGGAGUAAUGGGUGGCUGGCCAGGGAUGAGUAUGGGAAAUGAACCUCCAGUAGCAGUCUUAUGGGGUGGCCGAGAAUUUAAUCCAUCGUCGAUUCGCAGUUAUCUAAGUCCACCUGAUGAAGUCGCAGUAUUUAGUUUGACUCAAAAAGAAUGGCUUUUGAAAAGUGCGCGUCCAUCUACAACAGAUAAUAGUUUUCCAAUGCAACGAGAAGGUGCUGCUGUUGUUGCUGGAUGUUUUCAAGGCUCACCGGGUAUGUUUGUCUAUGGUGGGCGCAGUGUUACUAAUGAUCGUCGUUUACUUUCGGAUCUCUGGUUUUUAAAAGCGUCGGCACAAGAUGCAUUGAGUUCACCUCGUAGACGUGGGUGUAUUUAUCCAUUUUCAUAUUAUCAUCUUCAUGGAAUAUUUCAAUUUUUUACUUACGGUGUAAUCUUUCCCAUUGGUUAUAUAGUUGGUCGACAUGUUAAAACCUUACCGAUUAAACGGCCAUUGCAUAUGAGUUUACAGCUUUUUGGCGUUGCAUUAGCUAUUUGUGGUUUUGCUUUUGGUGUACAUUCGGUUCGUGCUCCAUCAUGGCUCCAUUUUAAACAUGCACAUGCCAUUAUUGGUAUCAUCACAUUUAUUUUAACGAUUCUUCAAUUUUUAGCUGGAUUAGUUGGUUUUAUAUUUCUCAACAAGGAAAACCAGAAAAAUCCAAACCACAAUAAUUCAGACCAUAAAUUUUCUUCCACACAAAAUAACGAUGAUAAAUGGGGCGGUGAAGGCGUAUGGCGUAUCGGUCAUCGCAUUCUCGGUUUAUUAAUAUUAGCACUUGGUUUAGUUAAUAUAUCAUUAGGUGUUUUUCUUGCUGUAUUACCACUACCAGUUUGGAUUAUAUGGUAUAUUUAUUUUGGUUUCCUUGUUCUGUUACUUAUCGGCAUGGAAAUCGUUGCUUUACUAAGUCGUAAUGGUAGUCGAAAAUCAAAAUCAACUACACGUCCAGAAAAACGUGAGGAUCCAAAAGGUACAUCACAGUCAUCAUUAACAUAUACGAAUGAGCCAACUAAACAUCAUCAUACAACAGAAAUUCAUCAACCACGCUAUGGUAUUAAUCGUGGUCCACCACCUGAACCAGCGCGUCGUGGUGCUGGAACGAAUGGCGAUGACAAGGCACCCCUUAUACCUAAUCAAAGGCAACACAGACCUGGUGAUGUUAAUUCAUCGGCUAGCCUUCCUCAAUAUAAUCGACCGAAUGAACGAGAAUAUCCAGCACGAAAAAGGAGUGAACCAUCAGAAAGUGGUGGUUUUGAUUAUUAUGUUGGUUAUCCACCUGAACAGGAACAGUCUUUACCACGAUCGACAAUACAGCAGCAAAGCGAGCACAAUCUCACUCGAAUUAGGCUUCAAUAA